CUCCAAGCUCCAUGGGUGAGCAUCUGUGGACAGUGAGCAUGGCAGAGAGCCUGAGGCCUUUUAUGUCAUCACUGCAGAAGUCACCCAGUGUCACUUGCCCUGCCCUCUGCUGCUCCUAGCAGUCCCGGCUGCCAAGGGUCACAGGUGGGAGCCGGAGCUGGUGUGCAGCUGAGAGGGGAGUGGCCAGUGGGAGAGUGGGUGGUGCCCCAGCACUGUGGCAGGCCAGUGCCUUUCACCACAGCAUGUUUUUAUAUAUAUAUAUAUAUAUAUAUAUAUAUAUAUAUGCACAAGAGGGAUAGAUAGUAAAGAUCCUUCUGUAGUAAGUCUGCAAUAGACAUUUCAGAAUGCACAGCACUGAAAUGAUAAGGUAUACAAAGCCCCAGGCUGAGGGGAUUUCCUAGUUUUGUUGUCUGUUUUCCACUUUUCUGUGAUAUUUCAAAUUAGGGACCUGGGGCAGGGAUUUAGGACACUGCUUGGGUGGCCACACAACCCAGCUGGAUGCUUGGUUCUAAUUCCUGGCUGGCUCCACUUGUGACCCCAGCUUCCAGCGAAUGCACACCACGGGAGAGGCAGUAGAUGAUGGCUCAGCUCCUUAGGUCCCUGCCACACAUGUGGGAGACUGGGAUCGAGUUCUGGGCUCCUUGCCAGGUCCUGGUGGUAGCUGUCAUUUGCAGAGUGAGCCAGUGGAUGGGAGAUCUUUCUGUCCCAGUCGCUCUCUCUGCCUUUUUGCUUUUCAAAUAAAUGGAAAAAAUUUUUGAUUAAAACCAUGGACUGUUAAUUGGUGGUCUUUGAGUUGGUGAGCGUUGGCAUCCUUUCUCCAAGGCAUUUGAAGGACCUCUUGCUGAUCCUUCCUGACACGUGACGAUGUCUUGGGUUUCGUAUUUUUUCCCUUUAUUGAUUAGACAGCUCCUGCAAUCUUCAUUUGCCUUUUCUAGUUACUGAUGGGACUGGUUGCCUGCUUGCUGUGAAGUGCCAUUCCUGCCUGUGGCCCGUCUCCCGGGGAUGUCCAUCUUUGUGGUACUGACUCACUGAACCUUAUAGUGUGCUUUGAAUCCGGGUCCUUAUCUUCUCCCCGUGUGCUUGUUCCUUCAGCAGUUCUUAAUUUCAGAGCAGUGGAAGAGCGAUUUUCUGCCCUAUCCCCAUCGCACUCAGCGAGGGCGGUCCAUUCUCAAGACACCUGCCAGUCCUCUGACCUGGCACCCCACUGUGCACCCAGGAGCCAGGGGAGUGGGGCGCUGCAAGGACGCCACUGGUGCGGCCGCCCUCAGAGAGGGGGAGAAAGUCCUGGGCGCUGCUGGGGUCCAAGUUGCUGGCACGGGCACACUCCAGGGUCCGUCACCAGCACUGUCACCGGUGGGGUGUCGCUGCCCAAGCCACAGGCUGACGCCUUCGCGGUCUCAGGCGGCACCAGCGCCUGGAUCCAGCCAAGCCCGCCGCGGGGGCGCAGACCUGAGCCCCCCAGGUCUGAGCCCCGUCACCGCUGCGCGAGCGGGAACCUGACAAGCUCCUGGAUUUUGGCUUCCAGCGCCAGAGGCUCCCCGGUCCGUCCGCCGGCCUCUGUUCACCUGCGGGCCCUGACCACAAGUCCUGGGGAUCUCGGGGGUGGGGGCCCCGCAUCCCCGCCCAGAGGCGGGAGCAGCCCCGGAAGGCGGGGCCGAGCGUGCGGAAGACUCCCGCGGCCAGCGCAGAGCGGAUCGCCAGAGCCCCGCGCCGCUGCUGGAGAACCCAGGUCGACUUUCUGGGCUGCGAGUCCGCGUCCAUCCGCUUGUCACUCCUUUCACGCUGUGGCUCCCAGGUGUCAGCCAGGGCCUGUGCUGGGCCGCCCGGUGCCAACAAUCACCAAAACAGGAAAUGAAGCCCUGAGUUACAGCAUUGGCCAAGGACUCCCCCGGCGUGGCUGAGACCCUGGAGACCUCACUGGGUGUGAGUCUGGAAGAGACACAGUGAUGGCCGGUGCCCCCGUCAGACCCGUGUUCCAGAGCAGAGAUGACAGAGAUGGAGCAGCUGGUCAAGAAAACAUCUAGGAAACCAGACUGAUCACGGGAGAUGCAUUGUGAAGCCCCAUAAAGCUUCCUGCUAAUGUGCCUGGGAAGACAGCAGAUGCUGGCACAAGUACCUGGGCCCCUGCCACCCAUGUGAGAGACCCAGAUGGAGUUCCUGGCUCCAGACUUCGGCCUGGCACAGCCCUGGCUGUUAGCCCUGCGGCCUGUGGGUCCCGCCCAGCUGUCACAGGGCCCUCUGGGACCUCAUGGCCCCUCCCUGCACCAGAUUGGCGGGAACCCCAAAGCUCUCCACACGGAUGGCGCCAGAGCCUCUGCGGGAUCCGGCAGGCCCAGGCCCUGUUUGCUGAUUGGCCUGGCUGCGGGGAAGGCCGCUGCGCUGAGCCCUCCCAGGGAAAGCAGAGUGCGGCUGAGCGAGCCAGAGCAAGACAGGGGCAACGGCCUCAGAUCUGCGCUGUUGGAGAAGACAAACCAUCGUGGCCCCCAGGCUGCCGCGGGCGGGGAUGUGGUCAGCGCCGAGCCAGCCAUGCGGGCAGCUGCAGACAGGCCCAACCAGGGCCAGCCACCCGGGAGGCUGGGCAGGGAGAAGCCGCGGGAGGCGUCUGCGGGGCCCCCGAUGCUGACCCCAGGCGUCCCCAGGGCUCCCGGGUGCAGCACAGCUCGCCCCGCGUGGCUCAGCGGAGCCCGGGGUGAGCAGAGAAGCGCCUUCAGCAAACCCAGCAGGCGCCCGGUGGACGCCCUCCCCGUAGGCGGCUCUGCAGAGGAGCUGUCUGGCCUCACACGCGCCGCGCCCUUGGCCUGCUGGCCGGCGGCCUCCCACUCCACCCAGGGCGAGCUGCUGUGGGCCUUGGGGACGUGGCCGCAGGGGGCUGCGCUCUGCGGCGCUCUGCGGGGCGCGCCCGCGCUGUGGCCCCCAGCCCCUGCCACCUGCUCGGCCGCCUCGCGGGCGCUCCUGCCACCCACGCUCAGUUCCCUGGGCCUGUCCGCUCAAAACAGGUGCGCCAGGUGCAGUGUCGCCUUCCGGCUCACGGCCGACCUGGUGGUGCACAUGCGCUCCCACCACAAGAGGGCGCCCGCCAAGAAGCGCCGGGAAGACGCGCUCACCUGCCCCUUCUGCCAGGAGCACUUCCGGGAGCGCCACCACCUCUCCAGGCACAUGACGUCUCACAGCUAGCAGGUGGCCUUGCCACAAGUCGCAGGGGCCUGCAUCCAGCCACACACCCCCACCCCCCGGCCUGCCUUGGAGGUGGCUGUCUCAGGUGUCCUUGGCGCCUGUGGCUGAGCAGCCCAGCUGGAGGGACAGUCUUGCAGGAGACACAGUCGUGAGAAAGUGAUGCCCUUUUCCUACUUCAGGGUGCUGGGACUGAGCGGCAAGGAGUGGGGCUGCUGCUGGCUCCUGGCUCCGUCGGGUGCUCCCCGUGGAAGCGCCUUGUGCCCACGGCAUGGGCUCCAGAGGCAGAGAAACCUGGACAAGCUGCUUUACCUGCUGGCCCCCGUUUCCUCAACUGUGAAAGGGAGAUGGCAGUGCCUGAGUCUUAAGGGCGUGGCCAGGAUCCCCAGGAAGGCCACCGGGAGACCUGGCCCCUCCGAGCCCCUGAGGUGUGUGUGGGUCCCUGGCCGUCUACUGCCCUGGUCCCCCAGCUAGUGGGAUCUCACACAGGUGCAGGCGUCCGUGGGUUGGCUGGCAAGGGGAGCUGGGCUUGGCUGGCGUGGCUCCAGGUGGGUCUUUUACACCAGAGCGAGGUGGGCUGUUCAGGGCGAGCCUCUCCCGUGGGGAUGCCAAGAGCACAGGGGACAGACCAAAUGCAUGGGCACAUCACACGCCACAUUGCUGCCUGAGUCACUUCUCCAGCCCCGGAGCAGCUCAGGAGGUGGAUUUAUAAAGCUGGGUUCAAAGGAGAUGACUUUCUGGACCACUGCUUAGCAACAGGGCUUCAGGAAUGUGACCUGACUCCGAGCCCCCAGGCUGGCCCCCCUGCUCUGCUUCUGCUCCACCAGCCUGGUCCCGUGGCAUCCUGGGUGGUUCAAGACUUGGCACCUGGUACAGAUUGCCUGUCUCGAGUUUCAGCAUGUACACGUGUGAGCACCCAGCUCCCUUCUUCUCUUUCGCACGCUGAUUGUCUUGUUUGCUGUCUCACUGCUUGGUCGUGUUCUCUGUGUCUCCUAUCGCUGGAAGGGACGCCCCAGGAGGGGUGUUUGCUGUUUUGUUCACUGCUGUAUCCCUAGUGUGGGCAGCACUGCAGACAUUUGUUGAAUGAGUGAAUAAAUGAAUGAAAUGCCGGGUGCUGGUCUUGCACCUGCCACACCUCCAGUCUGCAUUCGGUUUUGACAUCCAUCCAACAUCAUACACACGGUUCUUAUCUCACUGUCCGUGGUUCCUGUGAAUUCUCUUUCAAAGGGGACAGUGUAUGUGGACACAACAGACACUUAGAAUUGAAAGGGACUUGGGCUUUUUGGUUUACUGCCUUGCUUUAUAGCAGUGGCCUUUUGUAGGCACGAGCCGAUGUGCUCAGCACUGCAGAGUAGUGGUGGUGAGGUCACGGUUAGAACCCUUGAUGACGGAGCUCACCUGUGCUCCCCAGGCAACCUCAGGUGGACCACGCCAUAGCUUGCAUUGCUUACAUAUAGAACAAUUCUACCAUGAUAAACACAUGGGAUCAGCUACAUAAUUCACAAGCAGAGUAGCAACACAAUCUCUCCCACAACUCUGCUUUUUUUAAAGAUGGAGUUGAUUUGGGGGGCUGGGGACUUGGGGCUCGAGGCCAUUCCUUGGCAUACUGAGGCUGGGUUCUCAGCAUCCCUUUUCCUUCCAGCUCUCCUAUGUCUAUGGAAGAGCAACCACCUUAAUCGUGACCUUGUCCAGGCUCCCUACGCCACUGCUGCAGCCUCUUUAUGGCCCCACAAAUUCAGAUGCUACAGUCUCAGCCCCCAAGACCUUGUGGAGGUGGGCAUGCCUGUCAUUAUAAAAUAUGGCACAGAGCAUUAGGAACAAUGAGGAGGAGCCACCGUGAUCCAGAGGGAGGUUCCUCACCAGGACCUUAUCUGCUGGCACCUUGGACUUGGAUGUCUCAGCCUUUUGAGCUGUGAACAAUAAAUCCAUGUUG